AUGGGCUGCUGUAUCAGCACAAAUAAAUCCAAUCCAUCCCAUAAAACCGGCCACAUUCCCUCCUCCGCCACCAUACACGGCAUCGUUAGCAAAUCGCCGCCCCCAAGCCACCCUCUCGCCGAAGACGAAACAGUCAAAGAAGUCCUCUCCGAAACCCCCAAACCCCCAAUUCCGAUUCCGAAUUUUCACAGCAAGCACGAGAGCCCGUUCAUCAAAUCAGCGCCUCUGCUGAAAAACAAGGAGCGCCACGCCGCCGUCGGCAUCAAGCCGCAGUUCACCGCCGAUGAUCUGUCAGAGGCGUCCGAGAUCUGCAGCUCUCUCAGCGAGAGCGUCAGCGCUACCACAUCCGUCACGGACAGGAGAGCCGAAUUGCGCGAGCUACGGCAGCGGUCUCCGGCGAGGUCAAGGAGCAGGCUAUUUUCCGGCGAGCUGCAUAGAGAGAAAAUGGUAGGGAGAUCUCCCGCAAGGAGAUCCGAGCCCUCGCCGGGUCGGGCCCGACCCGUGCCCGCAUCCGGAUACGGGAGGAGAAGAGAUACAGGGGAGAGCUCCGGGAGAAGGUCGAGGUCGCCGGUGACGCGCGCGGAUCCGGGUCUCGGGCGGGCGCAAUCGGCGAGGAGGAGAACGGGUAAAUCACCGGGUCGGGUCGCGCCCGGGUCCGCGGAGAAGAUCCGGAAGUUGGAUGGAGGGAACGAGAGUGGCGGUAGCAAGUGGCCACCGACGAAUGGGAGCAACGAGUCGCUUGAAAACCCGCUCGUGUCCCUGGAAUGUUUCAUCUUUCUGUAG